AGAGAAAAAACACUGAGUGAGAGCUAAGCUAACUUUCAAGUCAAUCUUUUCUAAGUGGUGUGUUACAACAAUAUAUUCUUUUUCCAACUUCAAAUGUUAAUGAUUACUUUUUGCCAACUUACCCAACACUGAAAAACCCAUCUCACCAAAAGUGACAUAACAACUUCACACACAUUACAUUUCCCAUACCUUACCAAAUUAACCUACAACACAAUCUAAGAAUAUUUCUUCUUUUUUCACAUUUAGUAUUUGCUUUUAUUGAAUUUUUGAGUUCCCUCUUAUGGAUGUGUAGUCCAAAAAAUCUCUGUUCCAUAGUAAGACAGAAAAAGCAAAAUAUGUCAGGCAAGUCGGAUUUCGCGCAGAAGUUGCUGUAUGAUCUUAAGCUUCGUAAGGAACGAGUUGCUGCUGCUCAAAAUACAGGCUAUUCAUACUCCACACCCAGAGAUGGUCGUGCUAAUCCGGGACAAACUUACAGAGGAUCUCGACAGACAAAAACUCUAGAAUACGUUAAUUUAAAAGUAGGUAGCACCAGCAACAGAUCAUUUCGCGUUGAAGAAUCAUCAGGACAGAUUGUUACAUAUGGUACUGGGAGAGUCCGGAACUCUGAGAGAGUGGGAGAUCUUUCCAUGGCCCUCGCUUUUGCUAUUGAAAACGGAGGAAAGUUCACUAAAAUGGACUCAGGCUCAAGCAGAAAUCCUGUGCUAAAGUUUCUCCAGCAAUUCGGUCAGAGAUCAAUAGACAUAAGUAAGGCUGAAAGGAGAACAUAUCAUCUUCCGAAUGGCCAGUUCCCUUCGAUCUCUCAUGUUCACAUCAAUGAAGUAUCGAAAGGGAUACAGAAACUGAACCAGAUUCUAAGAGCAUGUUCCAAUGGCCUAAAUUUCAAUAGGAACUCGAUUGAAGUUGGGCAGGAACUGUUGAAAGGAGCUAUGGAUUUGGAAGAGUCCCUGAGGAUGCUCGUAAACCUCCAGGAAGCUUCGGAUCAUAUGAUCAAGCCUCAAAACAAAAACCGGAUCAAAUUACUCGAUGAGGAUGAGGAUGAGGAUGAGGAUGAUGAUGUCAAGAUAGUUGAUCAGAAGCAACUAGACCUGCCAAGAUUUUCAUUCGAUAAGCCCUCUAGAAACUCAUAUAUCACCAAAGGGACAACAAAAAACAACAUCAAACAGCAGCUCAUGGCCCUGACUUACCCUGACCAAACUCCUAAACUGCACGAAAAGCAACCUCUCAGCACUAACAAGCCGGUGUCCCAUAAAAGGUCAGCUAGUUGUGCCCCCGACUUCAAAAAUCUGGACCAGAAGAACCAGUCAAGUGGACCAAAAUCUGGAUCAGAGAAAGGGAGAAUUUCGAAUGUCAUUGCAAAACUAAUGGGACUCGAUGAAAUCCCGCAAAAGGAAGAUAAAAAGGCAUCUAGGAAAGGGUCAGAUCCCAAAAAGAAGCAAGAGCCAGUGCUAAAGAGACGUUCAGAUCCUACUGGCACCAGGGACGCUGAGAAUAUGCCAUCUCUUAGUGUUGACAAAAACAUGAUAAGUAAUAUGCUAUCAGUUCAGGAUGCAAAACACGUGCGUAGGGCUGAUAAUGCCCGCGCUUCUCCAAGGAGGAACAGUGACAUGGUUUCUUCUGGUAGACCUCAACAACAGGAGGAGCGGAGCAUAGCGGUUAACAAAGAUACAGGUCCAGUAUCUUCAGGCUUGCAAACGAUCAACAACGUGAUGGAUAAGCAACAUAGCAAAGACAUCCAACUAAAUCAAGUACCAGGACAUCAAGUUAACUUCCAGCAGAAACAGACAGAAAAAAAUCAGACGAGUGUUAAGGGGAAAAUCACAAAAACAAUCGAAAUCAAGGAGACUAUCUCACAGUUGAAAAAACCACAAACAUCGAGGGUGCCUCUAAUCAAUAUUGUGUUACAAGAAGAUACAAUUCAGAAAGAAAAGAAAGAGAUUGACAAAUUUCCUUUGAGCAAUGAACAGAAGGCCUUACAUAAGGAUGAAGUGCGUCAAGUGCAGAAGCUUAAAAAACCCGAGGGACAAGAUGAGAAGCAUCAAGCAGGUAAGAAAGAACAGUUACCCUCAAACAAAACUAUGCAAGUAAGGACGCACAAAGCAAAUCAAGUGGAAACCAUAACUUCACCAAAAGCAAGGAAUGGUGCAGCAAGUUCAAAGACAAAGCAGUCUUCUCUGAAACAGUCCAUACUUGGUACAAAAAAUUCUACCAAAUCCAAAAAUGGUGCACCUUCAAAAGAUUCUUUGGAUAAAAUAAAGCAAGUAGCUCUUGUCAAGCAUCGGCACUCUUCUACCUCCGCAGCUAUCAUGCAAAGCAGCGAGAACAAAAAUGCCAAUCAAAAUAUAUCGCCUGGAGCAGAGAAUCUAAACAGUAUCGAUCAGUCAUCCAAGCGAGAGAAGCCAAUCAAUCUGCCAUCUACGGAUAGGAAGGGACAUCAUACCAAAAUUCAUAUAACUGAGACCUUUCCAAAAAUAGAAAAGUUACCGAGAAAAAGGGAAGACAUUCUCCAAGAGGAGAGUGCACCACCGAAACAUUUGUCCCCAACUCUGCAAGACAUGAAGCUGCAAAAGGAUGACAAAAGCUGCUCACAGUUAACUAAAAACCAGGCAAGAGAAGCAAAAGCAGACAACAUAGGAUCUAAUGACUCAGAAAUGAGCACGGAGAGACUCAAUUUGCAAACGGAGCUACAUUGCAAAAUAGAAAACAGUACCUCCUGCAACACAACUAUGGAAAAGGAACGUGAGGUCCUGAUAGGUUCAGAAACUAUGAUUUCAAAUGAAAAUCAUCAAGAGAAAACACUGCAAGAAGUUGAUAUAUCCAUGGACCAGAAACUCGGAGAAGAUAGGCCAAAAAUAUCACAAGCAAUGGACCAAUUUAAUGGUAUACAUCAAGAAGCCUCACUGAACAGUAAGCUUUUUAAUGAUGAACAAAAUCAAUGCUUUCCUGCCAAAUUUACAGGAAAAGGAGGCACAAAAUUAGCCAAUGUUGUUAGACAUGAUCAAGAAACAACUCUCCCAUUAGUGGCACAAGAACCAUUGACAGAACCGGAAAAGCACUUCAAGGAAUCAGUAAUCAAAAAUCAUCUAUUUCUAAACACAGCAGAGGCACUUUUCAAGCUCAAUAUACCAAUCAGCAUUCUCCAUGCCAGUGAUCAAAACAACCAAGGGGAAGACGUUAAACUUAUGAUAGACUGCGGCUAUGAGAUAAUGAAACGGAAAGCGAUAAGACAGGAGCUGGCACUCCAUCCUUAUGCCACAAUAUCCAUCGGAUAUACAAAGACAAGGUCUUUGGAUGGUCUUAUCAAGCAACUCUGCAAAGAUUUCGACACUUUAAAGUCCUAUGGAGGCAAUGGAAAUGUGAGUGCUGAAUGUGAUGAGGCAGACUACUUGCAUAAGAUGAUCGGUAAAGAUAUGCAAAACGGAAAUCCAGAUGUGAACUCCAUGUGGGAUUUUGGCUGGAGUACUGAACAAUUAAUGUUUGGAUUCCUUGAAAAGGAUGACAUUGUAAAGGAUGUGGAAAAGCAUUUGCUCAAUGGACUCAUCGAUGAGAUCACGAUGGAUUUAUUACGAAUAGCCAUUUCAGUUUGAGAUUGUUUGAUAGUGUAAGAAAGUCAUUUCAGAUAAGAUUGUUGACCUUAUAAUUAUUGUGUAGUCUAAGUAGAUUGUGGAAAUUUUAUGAAGAAAGUCUUGUAAGUAGUACAUCAAAGAGGCAAAGUUUGUAAGUAACACAUUUUUGGAUUUCGAGUGAUCUAUACUAAUUCAUUUUCAAUCA